GGCCGUUGGUCCAGGUGACGGCGGGCGGCGGCCAGUGCGCAGGCGCAGCCGACUCCUCCGCCGCCGGCGACGCCUGAGGAGGAAGAUGGAGGAGGAAGGAAAGUUGAGGUUUUUCCUAAUGAGUUUCUCUGAGUGUUGGAGAAAAUAUUGAACAUAGUGACUUGGGCUAGGAAUCUUAAAUGAGGUAUAUCUUCCACAUCCUUCUGUUUUGAAACCUUUUCCACAAUGCAUUUAAUACUGGUAUUCUUCUUUUAUGGAAUCAUUUGUUGCUCUGGUAGUCAUUCUGCUUAUGCACCAAUGCCCAGAUUACUACUGGUUUCUUUUGAUGGCUUCAGGGCUGAUUAUCUGAAGAAAUAUGAAUUUCCACAUCUCCAGGAUUUUAUUAAGGAUGGUGUUUUAGUGGAAGACAUUACCAAUGCUUUCAUCACAAAAACCUUCCCAAAUCAUUACAGUAUAGUCACAGGGCUGUAUGAGGAAAGCCAUGGUAUUGUGGCAAAUGAAAUGUUUGAUGCUGCUACCAAUAAAACAUUUUCACAAUUCAAUGACAAAGACCCAUUUUGGUGGAAUGAGGCAGUUCCUAUUUGGGUGACCAACCAGUUGCAGGAAAACAGAACGAGUGCUUCUGCGAUGUGGCCUGGCACAGAUGUAAAAAUUCACAAUACUACCCCUCAUUUUUUUAUGAAAUAUGACUCUGCAAUAGGUUUCAGUGAACGGGUGGAAAACAUCAUUGCUUGGCUGAACAGUUCUAACCCCCUAGUCAGUUUUGCUACACUUUAUUGGGAAGAACCAGAUGCAAGCGGGCACAAGUAUGGGCCAGAAGAUACGAAAAGCAUGACUGGAGUAUUAAAAGAAGUGGAUAAUUUGGUUGGCUUGCUUGUUGAGAAGCUAAAGGCUUCCAAAUUGUGGGAGGAAAUUAAUGUUAUAAUUACAAGUGAUCAUGGCAUGGCACAGUGUUCCCCGGACAGGCUGAUCAAACUGGAUGACUGCAUUGACCGUAAUAGCUACACUCUAGUAGACAAGAGCCCAGUUGCUGCAAUACUGCCAAAAAAUGAAACAUAUGUAUAUAACAUAAUGAAAAAUUGCAGCGAUCACAUGAAGAUUUAUCUUAAAGAAGAGAUUCCAGACCAUUACCACUACCAUCACAAUGAGCGCAUUCAGCCCAUAAUUUUGGUUGCUGAUGAAGGCUGGACAGUUGUACAGAAUGAGUCUCUUUCAAGGUUAGGAGACCAUGGCUAUGAUAACUCCCUUCCAAGUAUGCAUCCAUUUUUGGCAGCUCAUGGGCCUGCUUUUCGCAAAGGUUACAGGCAAAAUAGCAUUUAUACGGUUGAUAUUUAUCCAAUGAUGUGUCACAUCCUGGGCCUGAUGCCUCAGCCCAAUAAUGGCACCUUGAGCCACGCUAAGUGCUUAUUAGCUGACCAGUGGUGUAUCAAUGUCCCUGAGGCCAUUGGAAUAGUCAUUGGUGUCUUCAUUGUGUUAACGACACUUACGUGCCUUAUAAUAAUCAUGAAGAGCAGAACGGCUUCUGUGCAUCCAUUUUCCCGACUUCAGCUUCAGGAAGACGACGACGAUCCCUUAAUUGGAUAAUAUACACUGAUUUGUUCUGAAAACUGGAUACGAUACGAAACUUACACUGGAUAACAUCUUAUGAUGCACUUUAAUAAAUACCAACCCAGAAGACUGCAGAAGAACAUUGCCUCUUUGAAAAAGAAACUCUGAAUACAGACCUGGUUUUGUAAUGGAAAAGGCAUUGCAUCACUGUUAAACUUUCAGUUAAUAAAGUAUCUACUAGAGUAGUAA